UACGUUGGCAUCAGGUUUCUCAGUGGAGUUCCGCAGAGGAAUUAGAGCUACAGAAUAAAUUGUUUCUACACACACGUGGACACGCGACCAAAAACCUAAAUUACCACUAGCAUGACAUCAUCGUGGCAGCACUGAGCUUGAGUUAUUUGUGUGCAGUCUGAGCCGUGUGUGUGUGUAACAUUCACAUUAGAAUCUCAUCUAUCCCUCACCCCACCCUUCACAGAGUCUUAUCCCUACGCUGAAAAGCAAUGCAAAAAUCAUUCAUAAAAAAAAACUGGACCCGAUAACUUUAACAGGAUCUGGAAAAAAAGGCGUAUGGCGACAGUCGAUAUUAAAACAUGCAGAGGCAGACGAGCUUGGGGCCUUACUGAGAGGAAUGAGACUGCAGCAGAGGCGAGAGGACAGGGAGAGAAAUGCUUACUGCAGCCCGCCACACUGAGCCAGAGUGAGAUGACUACUAUUAUAGUUCUUUCCCCUGCUCAGCUACCCAUUGAUUUGUGUAUGAAAACCUAGUGCUUUUCUUUUUCUUCUGCAUGCUUGCCCCCCUUCUGGGUUCCUGCUCUUUGAGUGAUCAGCUGAUGAAGAGGCUAGCAGCUCGCCGCUAUGCUGGCUUGCUAAUUCUCUCCCCUCCAGCUGCAGCUGCAGCCGAUCCAGCUACAACCCAUCCUGAUCCACAGAGACAGACUGCAGACUGCAGCCAGGUGGAGGAGAACGGGGUCUUGGAGGACAUGGAAGAGGACAUCAGCCUGAAGAAACGGAAAGGUGAUCACCACGGCAACAAAGACUUAGAGUCACGAGACUCCGGCCAGGAGGCUGAAGGAGAAAAGGUCAAGAAGCGCCGGGGACGACCUCCGGCGGAGAAGCUGCUCCCCAACCCCCCCGAGCUCACCAAGCAGCUGAGCACACUGGUGGAUAUGGUCAUCAACUACAAAGAUGGGUUGGGCCGUCAGAUCAGCAAAGGCUUCAUCCAACUGCCUUCAAGGAAGGAGGUGUCAGAGUACUACGAGCUGAUCCGAAAGCCUGUGGACUUCAGGAGGAUCAGGGAGCGUGUGCGCAAUCAUAAGUACAGGAGUGUGGGAGAUCUGGAGAAAGACAUCAUACUGCUGUGUCACAACGCCCAGACCUUCAACCUGGAGGGAUCUCAGAUAUUUGAGGACUCGAUUGUUCUCAAGUCUGUGUUUGAGAGUGCACGACAAAGGAUUGUCAUUGAUGAUGAGGUGAAACAGGACAGCACUGCCAUCCGUGAUGACGGAGGUCGAGACAAUCAGUUGGUUUCAUCAGCAGUGAAAAUGGCAACAAAGCAGGGGAAACAGAGGAUGAAGGAGGAGAGAAGCAGAAAGACGAAGGUCAAGAAGACAGUCUACAGUGAUGUAGACAGCGAUGAGGAUCUGGAGGACAAUACAGCUAAAGAUGAGGGUUGACCUGUAGGACCAACGCUAGUUCAUUUAUCCUCCUUAUCCUCUUUCUUUCUAUCCACUGUGACUGUUUUUGCGUUGCAGCUUAUUAAUUUGCUCACCUUGCAACAGGUUUGUCUCAUCUCAAGUCAAGAAAGCUACUCAAAGGAAUGUACAUAACUAAUUAUGUUGGUCCUCAAGUAAUUAAUACAGCCUCAAAUGUUCAUCUCCUUUUACUUUUAUUUUGGAUUUUUUUUUUAAUGAUGUUGCUCCCUCGGUCUUCAUGUGAAAGCUACUGUGUGUAUCCUUAAUGCUUUACCAGAGGAUAUCUCUCCACUCUUUUUCCAUUAGUUUAUUUAUUUGAACGUGUUAUUACUGUAUGUGUGAAAUUAGAAUGUAUUUCUGCUGAGACGGAGACCACCCUCAGAGAGUGGUGCCUGUUGAUUACAUCUCUGUGUUGUGUACAGGUAUGGGAGAUGUCAGAACAUGGUUGGUCAGCUCUUCAAUAUGACCAGGAUGGACACUCAAUGUGUGGAUUUAAAAUGAAAUUUGAUUCUGUAAUAAAGCUCCAAAUAGGGGAAGUGUAUUUGAACAAUAUUGUGUAUUCUGAACGACCCGACCACCAACGUUGACUUCAAACUUAAUAAGCAGUUACAAACAGAUAAAGUUGUAUCACUUCAGGUGUAAGUUCUAUGCUUUAUAUUCAUGGGCUUUUUGUAUUAUUUUGCGUCUUUUUGAGUUUGGCUUAGUGGCAACUAGCAAGUCCCAGGUGACAAACAAGAAAGAGAAAAAAAGAGAGCUCUCCCAGCAGGAGACAGUAUGGAUUUGUGUUGAUGUCUUUUUUUUUGUUUCUCUUUUUUUGGCAAGAGAAAGCAACCCGCUGGGACCCCGAUUCUGGCAUGAAGAAGUUUGUGUAUAAGUCGUUACAGUUCUUCUGUACUAAUCCUGCUUUGUGUAAAAAGAAAGGCAAGACAUCAGUGUAGCCAGCUGAAACAUAUUCUAUACCCCAAGGACUGAUUAUACAGUAUUAAUAUGUUUAUGUUGUUUAAAUUGCAAAUCUGGUUGUACCCAUUCUCAUGCUUAUCACUCUUUUUAUAUGUAGGACAAUGCUGUAGCAAUGCACUUAGCCAUCCGCUAUGCUUGUAUAGUCUCAGCCAGGAGAGGCGAGAAAGAAAAAUGAACUGUAUUUGGGCUAUUAUAUGUCACUCUCUCUGAGGAAAGUAUAUGAUGUGAUGUAAAAUGUGUCUGAAUCUCUUGCAUCUUUCUUUAUCAACAUUGAAACAACGUCGAAUGCAUUAUGCAAGGAGUAGAUUUUUGCAUAGUACGGGAUCUAAUCUGAUCUGAUUGCAUUCUGUUUGUUUUGUGAUAUGAAAGUCUGCUUUUACAACCCACCCUUCCUCUUUCAAUCAGCUCAAUACACAUGCAAUCAAUCAGAAGCAGACUACAACAAAUUCAAUCAAAUAUUUAUUUGUGAAUCCAUUUAAUUUGAGUAAGUGUUCUUGUUUCAAUAUGCUAAACCAGAUUUUCUUUGCACAACCAGAUUUGCUUUGUACACUCUACAGAUCUCUGAAUAAGUAAUGGGUUUAGUGCAAUGAUUUGUAAUGAGGUCGGUAUCUGGGUAGACACGGGCCAUUAUCAAAGCCAGAUUUACUCAUGAAUAAACAUUGAUCAACCCCAA